AUGGAAUUGAUUCAAGAAAUAACAUUACUAAAAGAAUCCUUCUUGGAAUUUAUAAUCAAAGUAACCCCUGUGUUUACAGAACCAAUAAUGGAAUAAUUUAACUCAAAAUGGAAUCCAAUGAAAAAGCUAUUAAGUGAUCCUUCUAAAAGUGCGAGUGAUGUGUUCCUAUUUGUUUCUUCAAUGUCCUCCUUAAAAAAGAGCAAUACUUCAUCUACAUCAGCUACUUCCCCAAAUUCAGAUUGCAGUAUCCAAAAAACUAAAUAAACAGACAAUUUAGUAAAGAAAUGCAAUUAACUUCCUGACCAUAAAGAGAUAACUAAAGUGAAAGAACAAGCUAAUCCAUUGUUGUAUAAAGAGCUUAAAAUUGGUAAUUUUUUUUAUCAAAACGUAAAAUAGAAAUUAACAAAAACAUAUUCCUAAAUACUCCAAGACUAAGACCAACUUCAUAAUAAGAAUUAGGUGGCAAUGGUGAAAAAAUAUAUGAGGAAGAUAUUAAGGCAAAGAUAUUGAAAGACGAUAUAAAAUGUAUGAUUUUGUUAUUUACUGAGUUAGUUUUAAAUAAAGUUAGAGUACCUACUCCAGAGAAAAAGGUUAGUGUAACAAUUAGAUGCAAUCUAGGAUUGAAAUUGUCUGAAGCUAUUUCUUAAUUUAGAAAGGAUAACUUCACUUUGAAAACUAUUCAUGAAAGAAGUAUUGAAAUAACAAGUCCUAAGUCUGAAUGUGUAGAAUCACCACUUUUAUUUGUUUAAAGACCUAAGAAUUAAUAUUUCUAAUAGCCAGUGUUUAUGCAAUAGUAAUAAGCAGGAGCAUUAAAAGGAUACAGUAUCUAUUCUAAAAAAGGUUAUAUACAACCAAUAUAAUUUGAUGUACAAUUUUAGAUGAUGAUACAACAGUACUAGAAUAAUAUGGCUUAUAAGAAACUAUAUUUUUGAA